AUGGCAAAGGCUGCCAACCCGACAAGCGACAUACGCGGUGUCUCGCUCGUUGACGGGUCUGGCGCCACCUAUGCCUGGGUCAAGUUCGGCGCGACUAUCACCAUGGCCGAAGGGCGCACGCAGAAUUACGUUGCGCAAGUUGUCAACAGCAGCGUUAAUGCCCCCGUGCGGAUCCCCUCCGUCUACCUCACCUUCGAGUGGGACGAUUGGGGCUUCAUAGCGAUGGAGUUCGUCGAUGGAAUUACACCUGAAUACAACGAGAGGGACAUUGCAGCUAUCGCCGCCGCCGUGCAGUUCCUCGUGGACAUCAAGGGCCCGGAUUUGGUGCCCGGACCCAUUGGCGGGGGCCCGAUUCGCCACCCUUUCUUCCUUGACCGCGAGUCAGCGGUAUCCUAUUCUUCUGUUGAUUGGCUGCAGCAGCAUAUCAAUAAUAUCCUCAGGCUCGCGUACGGGACGAAUGCUGGUUGUGUCGACCUCAGCACCGAGGUUGAGACCUACGGUCUACGCCUAUGCCCAGCGGACUUGAACCGCGACAACUUCAAGAAAGACCGCACCAACCGGAUUGUCGCUCUCGACUUCGGGGCCACUUGUUUCCUGCCGGUCUCAUUCUUCAAACACGUGCUCAACGACACAACUGACCACCUCACCAUUCUCCUUCGUAGCCGAAUCGAGCUUCCAGAGUCGCCACACUUCAAUAUGUUGUCGAAGGCGUCAUUUGCCCUAGUCCCACGUCUUCCACACAAGCCUAAGCCCUCGAUCGACUAG